UGUGCACACAAGCUUGUGUGAGCGAGAAGAAGGCUGACAAAGCUAUGCAGUCUUGAGGAGACUUAUUUUCAGACAUGGUCAAAGAAGGGAAUGGAAAAAGACCUGUCCUAGGGUGGAAACAGCAGUCACAUCCAGAUGGAUCUGAGAACGCUGUCUGGGCUUGGUGCCAAGGGCUGGUAUUUCACAGCAGCGACCGCCUCACAGACGAGCUGUGGGAAGCAGGAGAGAGACUCUCUCUUAGGGUGCCACUACUAUGGAGACACAGCUGGGCUGAACAAGAUUUGCUUCAAACGACAACAAGAGAGACAGAAAGUAUCUGGUUCAACCGCUGCCCAAGCAGGCAGGCACCAGAAGAGCUAGCAGCCAAUCCGGCCAUGCUCGAAGCCAGCUCUGCAGCUCAGCCAAUCAGUGACAUCACUGAUUUUAUGCUGCAGUGGCCAUUUUACAUACGCUGCUUUAUCCAAAAAGUGCUUAUGUGCAUCUGUCACAAGGAGGAAAGUUCUACUCUUGUUAUAUUUCAUUCUCCACUGCUCUCAGCCAACAUAAUCAUUUUAUUAAUGAAUAGAACUGAGGUCAUUUCUGGACAAAUCUCCCCCUUCCCAUCGCAGCACAAUGCACCUGAUUUGCAUCCAUUUACUAGAAAAACUGAAUACAAGAACCAGCUUGAAAAGAAGUUAAGGGACCAGCUUACAUAUUAUUUCAGAAUAUAUUUCAGCAAAGCAGUUUGUUUCUCAGAAUGUGUAAUAUUUAACAUCUGCCUUAGUGUUUCUAUAAAAAUUCCUGAUCUUAAUUUGUAAUGUAAUACAUUUAGCAAAUUUAUGGGAUUGCUAUAUAAGCAAAGUAGACCAAAUCAAAUAAUAUUCAUGAAUGAGUUCAUUUAUCUGCAGAAAAGCUUUGGUAACACAAUUUUGUCUUGUACAUUUGUAUUUCGUUUGUCAGGGAUAAAGUAAUUUUUUUUUCUAUAGAUAACUUAAGAGGCUGGACCAUGUGGUUUGUGAAGAUUUCAGGUUGCCUUCUAGAAUCCCUAAGAGCAAAACUGGGUCAUACUUCAAUGAAAUUUCUAUUAAGUCAUAUAUUUAUUGCAUAUUGGCAUUAAAGGCACACCAUGUUUUAAGCAGAGAAGGUGAAGUUUCAUUGUCUUUUUUUAAAAAGAAUGUUUUGAAUAUAAUUAUUCAAAGACAUGGAAUUUUAAAACACAGACAAAGGUUUCAUAACAGUGCAUGAUUCAUUUAAGAGGCUUAGAGCAUGCAAUGAUAGGCACAGUCACUUUUUAAAGCAUAUGAAGGAUUUAGAUGAGAAACCACGGCCCUUUUAAUUCAUGAGGCAUUCCAUCAUCCCAUCAUCAGUAUUCAGGGGGCGACUGUCCUGAAUCAGUCAUGAGCUCCCCUGCUGCAGAUCUUGUAAUUUGAAUCAUGUGUAAUAAUAUAUUAUCCUACUGGGGGCCUUCUUUCAGUAGGAGAAUGGUUUGUACAUUCUAGUAUAAGAGAACUUUUGGCUCCUAGCCGACUCGCAGCCAUUACUCACAUAGGCAAUCACGGUCGUCUUCCUUAAGGAAUAACAUCUGCACAACUUCCUGAGCCAAAAAUCUGCAACCUCCCCCACAUUAUGAAUUACGAUUUCUUGGAAUUGAGAACACUUGACAAACUGAAGUAGAAAAAUGGAAGGUUUAAAGGAAUGGAUCAAAAUUUUAUUGAGCAUGCCAUGUGGCGACAGCGCAAACUCCCAUUCCUUAGAAAUGAUGGAGAAUGGUUAGGAAAGGGGGCCAGAAAUACACCUACAUGUGUUCAUUUGAUUUUUAGGCACAGCUGAAAUGUAAUGUGUUUUAUGAAGAUGUGGCUGCCUUUGACGUCCUAGCAAGGUUCUGUAAAGGGCGUGGCAACAGGAAGGAAUAAAUGGGGGGCGGAGAUGGUUGUGAAAGCAGAGAAAUUGUCUCACCUGGGGAAGGAAGCAAUGUGACACAGCAGGAACCAUUUUGACCUGGCAGUUCAAAAUUCUAGCAAUGCCUCUGAUCCUUUCUCUUGUUAUGACCUUGAUCGAAUCAUUUAAUUUCUCUCUGUUUUUCCUACAUGCGAAAAUUAAAUGCACUGCUGGUGUAGAGAUGUUCUCUUUGUGUGGAAUGCCCUUCCAAUUUUUAACAGUUGAAAUCCUUCUUUGCUUCAAAGACCAGGUUAAAUGUGCCUUCUUCUGGGAAAUCUUUCCAAAUCAUCGUAGCCAGAAUUUCUCACUUCCCCACCCUUUUUGCACCUCCACUAUUACACGUGUGGCAGCUAAUAUUGCCGUAGGGCUGCAUGUGUGCAUAUCUUUGCCACUAGACUGAAAGCCCCUUGGGGACAGAGACCACAUUGAAUUCAUCCUCCAUCUCAGCACUAAGAAUAAUGAAUUAUGCUCUUAAGUUUCAAAUCUGUGCUUUAAUUAAUGAGCUAUAAGUACAUUAUAAAUCGCAGAGGGAGGUUUAUACAAAUUCCUGGGAUUACUAUUAUUGUUGUCAACUGUUACCACCAUGUACCAGUUGAUGUCAGCUUUACCUUGUCCAUGUUAAGCCUCUCAUUUCCCUGACCCUUCAUAAUAAAGCUCAGAAUAAAUGGUCCCUACAUUAUUUUUCUUAAAUAACCAGUUAUAGGGAAAUGUAAUUCAUUUUGUUUAUCAAAUAUGGAAUUAAGCUAACUUAGUUUGUGGUUUAAAACUUAAAAAGUGAAAUUUAUGUAGGUUAAAGCAGCUGUGAUAAGCAAAUUAUAGUAUCCAGUUUUACUGUUAAUGAUAUGGAAGAAUUAAUUACUUGGAAGAGGUAAGCAAUUGAUGUUGAAUGUUGAAAUGCUCUACAAAACAUAAUAAAUCAGGAAACGUGGAAUCCUGUGUCAGUGUUAGAACUGAUAUAUGUAUUUUUAAUCUGUAAACUAGUAUAAUAAUAUUUUAAGUAUAUUUCUAGAUAUUUUUGAUAUAAUCUGAUAACAGAAUGACAAAAUAUUAUUGACAAAAUAUUAAUGACAAAAUAUUAUUAUGUUACUUAAUCUAAGUUUAUACUUUUGGCUACUAUGCUGCUGCUAAGUGAAGAUUAAUUUCUUGGCAAACAAUGAUAUUCUUGUUAAUGUUUGCAAAUUGUUUCUAGAUUUUAAAAAAUCUAUUCAAACUCUUCACCCCUCUGUGUUAUGAGGAAGAAAUGAAAUAAUUAGAAAAUAUACACAUCUUUGCAUUUAUAUCUGGAAAAAUAGAAAUUUUAGAGCUUAAAAUCAGCUUAAGUCUAUAUUUUGUAAGUCUUAGAGAGGAAAAGUAUCCUGCCAAAAGUACGUACUUUCAAGUUCCUGGGACAGCUGAAACUGGUAUUCAGGAAGAUUGAAUUCAGGAAGAUUGGUUCAAUAAUAUUUUUUCACUCUACCAAAUAAUGUUCACUUUUAAAAUCAGCCAGAUAGGAUUAUGCAAUUUUAUAGUAUUAAUGUAAAUUAUAUUCAGAAACUUAUGUAAUAUAAUACUGUGUGUAGAAUUCUCCCAUAUUACAAGGGGGAAGAGAGGAGGCUGGGUAUUAUUGGUCUGUAUUUUUUCCACUAUACUAUAAUAAUGCAAUCAGAUACUAAUAAAUAAUUAUUUACAUUAGUAUUCUUUAAAAAUAAUUUUGGUUUUGGUGAUGUAAAAAUGGAAACCUGACAUCUGGGUGCAUUUUGUGGUAGCUUUGAAUUCAACUUACACAAACAUUGAAUCUUAAUGAUAUGAUUGGUUAAAUAAAUUUGAAUACUGUCAGUUUGAAUUUUUUUAAACUAAUGAAUUGUGCUGUUAUUCUUGACUAUUUUUAUUUUGCUGAAGCCUCCAGUUAUCUUAAAGAUGAGGUAGUCUCAUCUAGCUCAGUGUUUAAAAAUAGAAUUUUAAACCUUGUAAAUACUAGGAGAUAAAUUGUGCCAACUUAUUAACAAAUGUUCAUCAAAGACAAUAAAAAUCGGAGUCUAUCUCCAGCAUCUUCUGUUUAGAAAAUUAUAUUUAAGAGUUCAGAGAGUCACAGAGGAAAAGUGGAUUGUUUUAAAGAAAAAUGUUACUUUACAUCAUGAUUUGAGACAUGAUAACUGAAAGCCACUUGUAUCUGAAUAAUAUUGUCUUUUCUAAACUUACUAAAAUAGUGAUAAACAAGACAGAAGAAAUGAAACAUUCCUGCUUCUGUUGACACUUUUUAAUAUCAUAAUCAUAUGAUGCUUAUUCCAAAAUUCUCUCUUGAAUUAGGAGAGUAGGGAUAAAUAUUGGGACCUAUGCUUAUACAACAAAACUAUUAGGUUUGUAAUUGAGAAUCACUUAUUUGUAAAAUGGCAAAGGAAUAGAUGAAAGGGGCCGAAAAUGUGUGUAUAUUAUGGCAUUUUUUCUACUUAACUCUUAAAACACGAUUAAUAUCAAGAGUAGUAUCAAGUAUAUAUAAGGGCUUACUAUUUUCAUGCAUUGUUGCUAAUAUGUCUUAUUGUUAGUGAACAGUGGCAUUGCUCUGUAACUGAUCUGAUCUGAGAAGAUGAACAAAAGGAUAUGGAUUAAUGGCUAAUAUACAUUAUCAGUAAAGUACUAGAUAAAUGUAAGGUCAUGCUAUUAUUAAAAUGUCUUUGUAAGUUUGAAUUACUAAAAAUGAUUAUUAGACUAAAUGUUUCCAUUUCCUCUUUCCUCUAGAUAUUUUACUUAUUAAAUAUAUCACCUAUUUUAUGAGAAAAUUAAUGCUUAUUGAUUUGGCAGUUGCAGAAUGUCACUUAGUCUCCUUAGACCCUGACAAUUCAGACAUUUAAGGUAGCUCAGCUUUCUCACUCAUGGUUACAAAUCUUGUGUCUACAACACACUACAAUCGAUGGGAUGUUAAGAGAGAAGAAUCUUGCAGUUACUGACUGUGUAGUAAUAAAUCAUAUGCCUAAUGCUGGAUUGUCUAGUUUUUAUCUAGUGGUUAGGACUAAGGGGUUUAGUUGACAAGCUGUUGAAUUUAAGAGAUCAGCUGAACUUUGGGAAAGCAAAGGAGAAAACAGAAGUGUGCCUUCCCUGGUAAAACAUUGUACAGUUUCUUCCUUGAUUUUCUAUUUCUUUCUCAAACUUGUUGUAUACUUACCAUAUGCCAGAACUUUGUAGGCAACAAGCCUAGCCUCUCAUGAACUGUGGCUCCAAUCUUGACUGUUAUUGAUGUUAAUUAUGGAAAUACUCUAUAUUAAUAUAUAUUAAUGGAUAAUUAGAGCUAAAGUGUUCAGUUUUAUUGCAUAAUUUAUGGUCCCAUCUCCUCAGAAAAAUCUAGAAAAGCAAUAGUUUUGAACUCAAGAUUCUCAAUGAAUGAGACUCCACUCUAUUCCACUUUAUCUGUGAUUCUUCUGUAAUCCUGACACCUAGAACUGCAGACAGUGCUCCUUGGAAGGACUAAGGAAUGCAGGGUGCAGCAGGACUGUGAUCUCUGUGCUUGGGGGACACCAGGCCCAUUGGAGUGAUGUAAAGACCUCAUUAGCAGUUUUCAGAUUCACAUUGUGGUUUUUUCCUGUGCCUUGUAUUAUCCUCCGCUACAGCUAGAAGCUGAUAAUUCUUCUUCUCCCAAGAUAGCUUUACUUUCAUAUUACUAAUAAUUACCUCUUCGUAGGCAAGAAUAAAUGUCAAUGUAGCAGUUUCUUUCACUGAUUUCUGAACUUAUUGAGAAAGUACAACACAGGCACAGGACUUAAAGUAUUUAUUUUCAGAAUGUUAAUUUGUAUACAAUGAAAACCAGAGAUAAUAAUAUGGAAAAUUAUGUCAAUUGCUACUUAAUGAUCACUUAAUUCCAUGGGGUGGUAGAGACAUGUUUAGAAGCACAGAACCUCUGGACAAAUGUCUGGUCCUGAAUCUAGACUCCGUUACUUAGUAGACACAUAACUUUGGACAAGGUACCUGACAUCUCUGUGACCUUGGUUUUUUUAUCUGUGCAGUAGUACCUACCUUAAAAGAUUUUGAGGAUUUUGUGCAUUUUUGCAAAGGAUGGUGAUAUAAAGACAUAUACAUUCAUGUUCUCCGUUCUUCAAAGUACAGAAUGUAGUUGGGGAGUAUUUGU